UUUACACUUUUCCGCCAAAAGUACUCGUGAACAAACUUGUCUAAAGUCUGUCUUAUAAAUGUUGCAAAGUGAUCGGCUCUUCAUUUAUUGAGUAAUUUCAUGUCGGUAUACAUGCGUCAAAAUAUGGAAGAUAAAAAACGGAGUCAGAAAUCAAAAGGAACACAAAAGUCUGAUAAAUGGAAGGACGACAUUCGAAAACUGUAUGCUGGAUUGGAAAAACUUGCACGACUUGACGAAUUUGAAGAAGACCAAAAGAUCGUUAAAAAAAUUUAUGCAGAUUUCGAAAGAUUUUUUAAUGGACGUAGAAAGGCUAAACAGAUUAAAAUCAAAUAUCGACCUUUGUUUGAUAAAGAUAUACUGGAGGGCACAUUUACUGACGAACAUAGAGCUAUAUCAUUGCUGCAGAAACAGGAGGACAGUCCAAUAAAUGGCGAUACCCUUUUACUUCGAGCAAUGUCAAUGAAUGUAGAAUCUGAAGUGGGAAAGACAACUCUUGACCAGAUCAUCAAAUUACUAAUAGAGAAAUGUCCAGAGCUGAUUGUGUUUCCAAAAAGCAAUGUUGGUUAUGCAGGUAUUACACCAGUCCAUCUUGCAAUUCUAAAAGAAAAUGUAAGCAUCUUAGAGUCCAUGUGUAACAGUUUGGAAUAUAUCCAUGAGUCCAGACUCCCAAAAGAAAUAAUUCAAGGCAUAUGUGCAGUUGGACCAAUUUUUCAAGCCUCUCCAAUGAUGGCAGGUACACCUCUAGGUGUUGCAGCUCUUAAAUUUAAUGAAGACAUUUUUAAGCUUAUCCUAUCACAUUUUGCUUCAGGUUUAGAUGUUACGAAUGACAAAGGGGACUCUAUUAUACAUUCCCUCAUCAAAUAUGCGUGUGUACAGCCGGACAAACACAAUGAUAUUCUGACAAUGAUAAGCUAUGUUUUACAGUGCAAAUUUUGCAGUGACUUUGAUGACAAAGUUAAACGAAAGUACAAAAGACAGGCACGCAAACUUCUUAUGUUGACAAGCAAAGAAAAAUUAAAUGCGAUGCAACUGGCUGCAAAAAGACAACAAUUUAACAUAUUUGAAAACAUUAUGCGGAGCGAGAUUUACCAUUCAAGAGAAUCCGGCGAUGGCCUUUUCAAUGAAGAAGUGUAUGACAUAACAGAAAUAGAAACGCUGAACAUCAUUGAAGAGGUCGAUGAGAACGACAAUGAAGAUCUGAAACCAGACCACCACGAGUCAAUUUUGGAGUACAUAGUCCACCAAGAAACAAACACUGCUUUUCGUUUUGUCGAUUCUAUUCCCGUACAAGACGUGAUUCGGGAGAAAUGGAAGUCAUACAAGAGUUGGUUUCUCGGAUGGUUUAUUCUCCAUCUUGUUUUCAUGUCCCUGUUAUCUGUUGCUUCUGUAUACAGAUCUAAACUAUCCGGACCUGUAUCAAUAAACAAAAAGGUUGAAUUUGCAUACAUCGUUUCUGAAGAUGCAUUCGUGACUGUAGUUUCCGUAUUUGGUUUACUUAUAGGUUUGAUAUAUCUUACCAUGGAGAUAGCGCAUCUGCUCAUUUCACGUUUUCAAUAUCGGACAUCAAAGGUUUUCAUGAAACGAUUUUUCCGGCAUUUUAAUACGCCAUAUUCAAAUAUGAUUUUUAGAAUAUAUUUUAGCCUUUUUUCUCUCCUGCUGAUCAUAGAUUGCGUUCUUGCUUCAACUGAAGCCUCUGGCUCCUUUUCAGGAUAUGAAAAUUAUUGCCUGAUCUUUGCUGUGAUUAUUGGCUGGUAUUUAGUCAUGUUCUUUCUGCAAACAUAUAGGGCAUUUAGCAUAUUUACUGUCUUGAUACAAAAAGCAGUUUUAGAUAUGCUUAAAUUUGCUUUAGUUAUGGCUUUCUUUCUGGUGGCAUUCUCUGUAGCAAUGUACAUGAUAAUGCAAGGGGCUAAUACUGUGGAAGACGACUUCAACCACUUUAGUACAACAAUGCUUAAAAUGUUGACCAUCAUGCUUGGCCUUGGAGAACUUGGAAUCUUGUUUGAAGCUCGACAACCUUAUCUAGCAAUUUUUGUCUUUGUUCUGUUUGUCUUGCUGACAACAAUUCUCCUCCUUAAUGCCUUGAUCGCCAUGAUGUCAAAUUCUUGCACCGAUCUUAUGAAUAACUAUGGAGGAUUGGUAGCUGGGAAGCUUCACUGUCGUCUGCAAAAGUUGUCAGUUAUUUUGUUUCUUGAAGGAUUCUUUCCCCGGCGAUUAUGUAAAGAAGUUGGGAUUAAGAAAAAGAAACAUAGAUAUGUCAAUAAUGAAUGGACGUUUAACAAACAGAGGCGGUUAUGGCUAAGAAGCUCAGUUCACGACCAUAACAUGACAGAAACUGAUAAGAAGUCCGAUCAAAUACUGCAAGCACAUCAGACAAAAGACAUUUUUUCUUUAUUCAUGCAAUAUGUUAAUCCAGAAAAAAAGGGUAAAAGGACUAAAGUUGUCGAGUUAUCACCUUCACCACUGUAUACAAUUACACUUCCGAGUAGAAACAAUGAAAGCUUUGAUAUUACUGACAAUGACAAGAAUGUUAAUGAUGAUGAGCAAAACAAUACACUUUUGAAAUCACUUAAUAUACCAGACGACGAGGUAAUACAACAUUCUUAAAUAGCUAAUGUUUUAUUGAAUAAUAGUUACUUAAAUUUAGUAUUUUGUGACGUUAUUGUAGAGUAAUUGUGUACUUCUGUAGACAUAUAAUUUAGUUGUAUUUUAGUAUAUACAUCGUAGAUGAUCACACUGCAUUUCAUAUUCCUUUUUAAUUUGAUGUAUGUUUGUUAGUGAAUGCAAGCUUAUUCAGUUUUCAAAGUAACUUGUCGUUUUUUAAUCUAAGCGAAAAACACUUCGAAAGAAUGAUGAAAUCGUUUAUCGGACGUUUGAUACGUUUUUAGGUGCGUGAAUAUUGUUAAAUAAUUUCUGUGAUAUACGAUGUAUUUCAAAGUAUCUUUAUUUUAACCUAUUACUUGCGUUUUUUGUAUUUAUAUAUGAUCGCCAUUUAUUGAUGUUUCUUCCGCACAUUCUCAUACCAUAACAAAUAAUUUUAUUUGGAUGGCAUGCAUGCGUAUGACAUUUCGUUAGUUUUUAUUGUAUAUUUUAUCUAUAAAGAAAACUUGAAUACUUUCUUUGUUCAUGUGCAUUUAUUUAGAUUUAAUUUUUUCUUAAUAUUGCUAGACUUUUUUUGUGUAAUUGGCUGUUGGUCAUGUAUCGCAUAAUUUUAUUUAUUCAUUUUUAAACGACUUAAAUUUCAUUUUGUAACAACGUUUAAUUCUAAAAGUAAUCAACUAUCUUUGUCAAUGUUAUAUUACGAGUGCUCAUAAAAUAGUUCCCUGACAUUUAUAAAAAGAAGGGGCAUAUGCGUUUGUCAAGAUGAAAAAACAACAACAA